GAUUCUCAACCGAGAGGAGCAGCAAAACAACUAACAUCAAAAGCCGAAAGGGUUCACCGUGUGCUGUGUGAGUGCGUAAGGGAUUGAAAAUGGUGUCAGGUUCAGGGAUCUGUGCGAAGAGAGUGGUGGUGGAUGCACGGCACCAUAUGCUUGGUCGUCUAGCGUCGAUCGUGGCGAAGGAGCUUCUCAACGGGCAGAAGGUGGUGGUUGUGCGGUGCGAGGAAAUUUGCAUCUCCGGUGGACUCGUUAGGCAGAAGAUGAAGUACAUGAGGUUCCUUCGCAAGCGCAUGAACACCAAGCCUUCCCAUGGUCCCAUCCAUUUUCGUGCUCCUGCUAAGAUCUUCUGGCGCACUCUUCGUGGGAUGAUACCACAUAAGACAAAGCGAGGGGAAGCUGCUCUUGGUCGUUUGAAGGUUUAUGAGGGAAUCCCUCCUCCAUAUGACAAGAUGAAAAGGAUGGUUGUCCCUGAUGCUCUCAAGGUGUUGAGGCUUCAGAAAGGACACAAGCACUGCUUGCUGGGUAGAUUGUCAUCAGAGGUUGGAUGGAACUACUAUGAUACCAUUAGGCAAUUGUUUUGUUUCUCACAGGAGCUUGAAAAGAAGAGAAAGGACAGAGCACAGUUGGUUUACGAGGGAAAGAAGCAGCUCAACAAAUUAAGGGUGAAAGCUGAAAAGGUUGCUGAUGAGAAGCUUGGUUCCCAACUUGAUGUUCUUGCUCCAGUUAAGUACUGAGUAGUCUUUGUUAGUGUUUAGAUUUUUGAUGUGACUUAUACCAAAUCGAACUCCCUCUCAAUUUUGUUGGUGAUUGUAUUUGUCAUUGGACCCUAGAUCUGAUAAUCUUGGAAGCUGUUUUUAUUUAAUUGUGUGCUUUGUAGAAUUGUUUCAUCCAGAUAAUUUCCAUUGCCUUAAAAAAAAUUGACUAUGGGUUAUCAUUCUU